AUGCAUUUAUUUUUAUUUUUGAAUUUGGUAUUCGCAACUACUAGUGAUCACAAAGAUGAACCAAAGAAUGUAAAUACAGAACAAAACGAAAUUUCAAGGAAAUGGAGGCCAAUUCGAAUUACAGCUGAUCAUCGAAUUUUAGAAGGAAAAAAGGAUGAUCCAUUAUCAUGUAAAAGAGUUGGACAAGAAAUCAACUAUACAUAUGAUGGCCUACACAUCUGUGAAGAGAAAGAUUUACUUUCAAAAAAACAAAUUUUGGCUAUAAAAGGAACAAUGAAUAAUGUAAUCAAAUUCCUUUCUAAAACGCUUAAAGUUCAGUCCCGUUUGACACCAAUACUUGCAGAAGACAAAAAAUUUAGUAAUACAGAUUUAGUAAUCUCGACAUCUUAUAGAUUUUUUUCUGAUGAUACUGUUGCAACAGAAUCAAGCAUCUCUUGGGAUUCUAUUUAUUUUCGUCCAUAUUUUGCUAAAAUUUUCUUCAGUCCAAUUCAUGUCCCAGAUAAAAUAAUCAAUGAAAAUGAUUUUGAUAAUGAAUUUUUUUAUACAAUUUUACACGAAAUCACGCAUGCGCUUGGUUUUGAUAAAACUUUUUAUGAUAAAUACCAUCCACAUGAAAAUCCCGAGCCAUAUAAAAAUCCAAUAUGCCAGUUUUCAAAGUACAGAAAAAACUUUACUUUUCUUGUUACUCCAUAUUAA